GUGAACGCCACCACUCGGGAACGAACCUAUUGCGGCUGCAUUAGUUGACAUGGAUUUUGCGCCCUUUUCUCUCAGAGACAUCUUAGAAUACCCACCAGCGCCCGAGACCAUUUAACCCUGCAGCACCAGCGCAGGAUCAUCGGCGGCACAGUACUUGUGAAUUGAUGUUUGCCGUGAGCAUGCGCUUGGCCUGCGACAGUUAAAUGGGAAAGCGACGAAGAAAUCACCAUCCAUCAUGGCGUUUGAAGGCAACAACCUCGUCCGGGAGGUCGGGGUCGAGCUGUUACGGAGGGUCUAUGAGGGCUGGAACUCUUAUCCUGACAACAUGAAACCAUACACCUUGGAGAGGGUCAAGCUGAUGGAGCAAUUCAAGCAGCACUUUGACGAGACCAAGGAAACGGUGCUUCUCCAGGUCCCCAAAUCCAAGGCUCGCAGGCGGCAGGUUUUCAAGAGCACCAAGGUGGUCUUCCACGACUGCGGCAUCAAUGACCGAAGCUUGGUCCAUAUACCAACACCGAAUGACCUGACUCGUGGCCCCGGCAACGCUCCGCCUCCUCUCCCGACAGCGCUAACCAUGGGCAGUGUGAGAAGCGGCACCACACUUGCCGAAGACAUAACAAACGAGCCACAACAAGACAAUCUGACAAGGACAGUGUCCGAGCCUGGAGAUCUGGACGAGAUAUUCGGCCUAACCCCGCCAGAACGCGGCCAGCCGCGGGCAGAUCCCGUCUGCAGGUUCAUGUGAGUUAUCACUGACCGAGAAUUUCACAAACCUACAAUAAAAACCUAAUAAUGCAUGCAAUACCGCCAGUUUCAUCGACACGACUGGUCUCAGCAGUCGUAAACUUGGAAUCACCGAGGAGAUUCUGCUCAAGAUCCUCACCUACCACCGCGUCUCACCGGUAUUUCUCAACUACAUCUCGUAUUUCAGCAACAAC